GGAAAUUCCAAACCAGAAACCAAAGAGGUCAGAGAACUAUCGAAUGCGAACAAGUUCAUUCUUAUUAACGAGAGUCUCCCAACAACUUCGGCCAUUGAAACCACCCAGUCCUACGAUCUAUCCAAGCACAAGAAAGAACUCGCCCGCAAGCCCUAUCAUCACUCACACAUCUCAUCUCAGCCACCUUCGAACCAUGUCCGUCUCUCAACCUGCAGCCUGCUCAACCGAGAAAUCGAUUGUCAAGGAUGCCCAUCCAUUCGAUCGCAGCCAUCUCGAGGGCUUACUCAUCAAGCGUUUCUUUUAUGCUCCCGCUUUCGAACACUACGGAGGUGUCGCUGGUCUGUAUGACUUUGGACCACCAGGAAGUACCUUACAAUCCAACAUCUUGCAAGAAUGGCGAAAACAUUUUAUUAUAGAGGAUGAAAUGUCGGAGAUUGACACGACCGUGAUCACCCUAGCGGAGGUGUUAAAGACCUCAGGCCACGUCGACAAGUUCACGGACUGGAUGACUUCGGACGUCAAGACUGGAGACAUCUUUCGAGCGGACCAUCUAGUCGAAGCCGUCCUAGCUUCCCGAAUUACCGCCGAUAGUAAGGCUCGAGGUCAAACUACUGAGCCCGCCGAUCUGGCCAACAACAAGCUAGCCAAGAAGAAGAAACUGAAAGCAGAACUCGUUCAACUGCCCGAUGAAACUCUGGCUCGAUAUCAUUCAAUUCUCGCGCAAAUCGAUAAUUAUACUGGUGCUCAGUUGGGAGAAUUAAUUCGAGAGGAAAAGAUUCGUUCGCCUGAUACGGGUAACGAGUUGACUGAGCCAGUCGAGUUCAAUCUGAUGUUCGAGUCUCAAAUCGGUCCUACUGGUCAGUUCAAAGCCUAUCUUCGACCGGAAACUGCACAAGGUCACUUCGUCAAUUUCAAUCGACUCUUGGAAUUCAACAAUGGUAGACUACCUUUCGCAUCGGCUCAAAUUGGAAAAAGUUUCCGUAAUGAAAUCUCUCCCAAACAAGGUCUUCUUAGAGUUCGGGAGUUCACCAUGGCCGAAAUUGAACAUUAUGUUGACCCGAUGGAUAAACGACAUGACAAAUUUCACGAGAUCGAAAAUCACAAGAUCAAGCUGUUACCAAGGUCUGUUCAAGCUGAGGGGAAGACAGAGACAAUCGAGAUGACGAUAGGCGAGGCUAUCGAGAAGCAGAUCGUCGAUAAUCACACACUCGGAUAUUUCCUGGCAAGGAUCGAUCUAUUUUUAAGGAAGAUCGGAAUCAACCCUGACCGACUACGAUUCCGACAACACAUGGACAAUGAGAUGGCACAUUAUGCCUCAGACUGUUGGGAUGCGGAGAUCCAUUCGUCUUAUGGAUGGAUCGAAUGUGUCGGAUGUGCCGAUCGAUCGGCAUACGAUCUGACGGUCCAUUCCGUCAGAACUGGUACGAAACUGGUGGUCCGGGAACCUCUGAAAGAGGUCAUCGAAAUCGAGAAAAACGUUCCGAUGUUUGACAAGAAGUUGUUCGGUCCCCGUUUCAGACAGGCCGCCAAGGUGGUCGAACAAACCGUCUUAGCCUUUGAUGAGGCUCGGCUGGAGUGUCUUUCCAAGGAACUUGAGACCGAUGGGACGUCCAAGAUUCGUGCUAGCGAUGGUAAUGAAUACGAAUUGACCAAAGAUAUUCUGAAGAUUGAGCGCAAAAAAUUCAAGGAAACCACGAGAGAAUAUACCCCGAAUGUGAUUGAACCCUCGUUCGGAAUAGGUCGAAUACUCUAUUCGCUCUUGGAACAUUGCUAUUGGGCGAGGGCUGAGGAUGUUAACCGGGGGGUGUUGUCCCUACCUCCGUCAAUUGCUCCAGUUAAGGUUCUCAUCGUCCCCUUGAGUGGGACAGAGGUAUUCAGACCAUUGAUCCGAUCUAUCUCUAAGAAGUUGCGGAAUGCAGGAAUUGCUAGCCGAGUAGACGAUUCGAAUGCAUCGAUCGGCAAACGAUAUUCGCGUAAUGAUGAGCUCGGUACCCCAUUCGGGAUCACAGUCGACUUCGGAUCGGUCAAGAAUGGGACGGUUACCUUAAGAGAACGAGACUCGACUAAACAAGUGAUUGGUCCGAUCGAUGAAGUCAUUGAAAUCGUUAGAGAGAUUUGUUUGGGUGAUGAGGAAGGGAAAGGAUGGCAAUUGGCUAGCUCAAAACUCGAAGAAUAUGAUGGUAAACAGGAUAUUGAUUAGCCAACUUAGAUAAACAAAGCAAGGACAAGAGAAAUUCGAGAGUCGAUCAAUCUUCUGGAUAUCAAAAUUUCUUGAUCUUUGAAAUGUUCUUAUUUGUUUCCGUCUUAGAGUGUUCAUGUGUGCACUGCCCAUUUCUCUUUCUAGUUUGAAGUGUGUUGUUAAGCUUUUUCAUUCUUUUUCAUUCUUAAAAAUCGAGAAAAGUGGUAUGGGCUGAUAGACUUAAGCCACCCUGC